AUCGUUUGUGAAGCUCCAUCGAUCAACAAGCCACACGGACACGGGGCCAGAAUAUAUUCAGUGCAUCCUAGAGGAGUUGUUUAAGUCACCGCCCAAGAAGAUGCUGAAAUCCAUUGUGGUCGCACUCCUUGUCUGCGGCAUUGCGGUGAGCGCAGCCGAAGAAUCUGCGGCGGAUGUUGUGCGAGAUAUUUACCGGAGUUGCCUCAGUGAAUGGUCGACGGAGUGUGUAAAGCCAAAAUCGUUGUCUUGGCUUAAAGAAGUGGCAGAGAAAGAUGUGAUUCGUCUCACAGAUGAACUUUCUUUCGUGCGCACCGCGGAGGCUGAGAAAGACGACGAAGGAAAAGCCCUGCCGCGCUCAAUUAGAGCUUUCGACAAGAUCGAUGAAUUCCUCUCAACACACUCACUCCGCAUUGAACCGCCGAAGAUUCUGCAAGAUAAAUCUGUGCGAAAACUCAUCCCAAAGUCACUCCUCAAGGGUGGUAUGGCUGAACCCCUUCAGGUGCCUCUCUCCGAAGGAAAUAUCGCUGAAGGUCGUGGCUUUGUGAAGAAAGUCAUGAUUCCCUUCCUGCUUGGGCUCAAGAUUAAAACAUUCGGCUUAGUCCCACUUGCCCUGGCGCUCAUUGCUCUCAAGACGUGGAAAGCCAUGACUCUUGGACUCCUCUCACUCGUUGUGGCUGGUGCAAUUGUGAUCUUCCGGUUAGCAAAACCAAAGGUCGUAAAUUAUGAAGUAGUUCACUAUCCUCAUCAUCAUCAUAUUGAACAUCAUGUGGAUCAUCCCCAUCAUGUGCACUUUGACCCUCCCCAAGGCUGGAGCCGCCAAAUGGAUGCCCAGGAAAUGGCCUAUUCUAGCUAUCUGUAGCAUAAAAUUUUGUUUUUACAAAAUAAAUAAAUUAUUUAUUGUGUAAAAAA